CUCACAUAUGUCUGGUGACCAUCAAUUGUGGCAUUUUGCAAGUGCAAGUGGUCUAGCCGUGCGUCAUUCUCUAUGCAAGUCAUCAGGCGCCGAGAGUGUUCAGGCUUUGAAGAGUAAAUCUCCGUUUGGAGCAGCGCUGCCAAACCCAUGGGAUUGAGAAUUAAAAACAACGCCAAAAUCCAUAAUGCUUCUCUUUUCUCCAGUUUUCACUGGCUGUCAUAGCGGAGUUGAGCUUAUACUCCGUAUCCGCUCAACAAAUCCAUCUUGAAUGUCUAGUCGGAUUUCGGACUGGUCUGCCAAAUCGCUUACGCCAUCUCUUGGCUUUGUCUUUUGUUCAAGGCUAACUAGCACUUUUGACCAUGACAAGGCCGCCGUGUCCGUUUCUAUUUAGGUAGAUCGUCCGGCCUUCAAAGAUCUCUGGGGUCGGACGAGUUUGCUUGAGGCAUCCCAGUUGGAACAAAAACAAAUCGCAAUGAGCCCGGAGUUUUCUGUGGCCCGAUCAAACCUCAAGAUCUCUUGAGCUUCUACUGCAAUUCGGCUUUUUGAGUCUUCUAUGCCACCGCAAGAGUGAACCUGAAGCAAUUCAGUUACAGUCUCUUAAAAAUCAACCGCCUUAACCAAAUACUGCGAACCUGGUGGAAACCGCGCUGCGGUACAUACUCGCAUCCAGUCAGGAGUCAAACAUACAUCAUGACAUUACUACCCAAGGGUUCAGAAAAGAUGCCACUGCUUGAUGAGCAGCAUAGGGCUACCUUCCCUCCCGCAUCGUUCGCCGACGCGAUUCCAGGGCCAUGGGGUCGCCGAGUUCCACAGGCCAUUGCCCAUCGCGGCUACAAAGCCAAGUGGCCCGAGAACACCAUGGCUGCCUUCGCCGCCGCCCUCGCGGUUGGCGCUCAGGCCAUCGAGACAGACCUGCAUCUUACCAAAGACAAAGUGGUCGUUUUGUCACACGAUGGCACCCUAAAGCGCUGCUUCGGUGAAGACCGGAAGCUUGAAGACUGCGAAUGGAGUUAUGUGAGCACGCUUAGGACCAUGAAGAGCCCACCAUCGCCCAUGCCGAGGUUAGCAGAUCUGCUGCAUUACCUGACACAGCCUGGCAUGGAGGACAAGUGGCUCUUGUUGGAUAUCAAGAGAGACGAUGAUCCGGACGAGCUCAUUCGCCGGACAGCAGAAACAUUCGCAUCGGUCCCGUCUGUGCGUCCCUGGAAGGACAGGAUAAUAAUGGGCUGCUGGGAUGCGAACUAUAUGCGCCGCUGCAGCCGCCACCUCCCUGGCUUCUCGGUAGCUUAUAUUGGCUGGUCGCUACCCUAUGCCUGGCAGCUCCUCAAGCACUCCGACGUCUCGUUUAACCUUCUCCAAAAGGUGCUCGUGGGCCCGUUUGGGAAGCAAUUCCUACGCGCGGCGGAGGCCCGCGGCAGGCAGGUCUUUGUCUGGACGGUCAACGACGUCGAAUGGAUGGAGUGGAGCAUCAAGAAGGGAGGCAUCGAUGGCCUCAUCACCGACGACCCGGAAUUAUAUGUAGAGGUCUGCAGGCGGCAAGACGACGAUAGGGGUGGUGAGAGAGGCUACGUCAUGGGUAGCGGACUAGAGCAGAAAAUGUUACCCCAGGAGUCUGGGGCACUGAGGUGGACGCGGUUGUACGCCGAGGUGAUUAUACUGCAGAUCCUAGCCAGGAUAUUAAUCUUGGUGACUAGAAUCAGGUUAGGGUCCGAGAGGAAAAGGGUAAGGGAUGGGAUGAGAGGAUAAACCAUAGAUUAUCUUAUUUGGCCUCGAAUUAACGAAUGAAAGUCAAAUCUUUGUCACCGACACAGCCAUAAAAAGGCAGAAAAAGAAAGAAGAAAAGAAUAUAGAACGUCAAACCAAGUUCUGUCUAAUAAUCGUGGGGCAACAUCGAAUAUGCAUUCAAGAUAGCCCGUAAGCGUGGCUUGAGGUCAGGUUUCAUUUCAUGUCUAAUUCUAGACUAGUCUUUGCUGAGGUCUAUAUUCACACCCUUUAGGGCAUUAACGGCCCACGAAGGAUAAUCAUCCCUGUCAGGAUAAAGAUCGGCAAAGAACUUCUUGACCAUGUCGGGAAAUCUGUCCGCGAUGAUGGACUCCCUGAUCUCACGCAUCAGAUUGAGUUGGUACCACACGUUGUGAAUGGUCAGGAUGUGAGCCGAGACGGUCUCCUUGGCGGCAUUGUGGUGCACAAGGGCACGCGUGACGCCGGUGCCGCCCUCGGGCACGGGACGGCAGCACACGCACCCGCAGCCGUCCUCGACGGGGCCAAAGUCGUCGGCGAACUGCUUGUUCCUCAUGUUGAGGACGCCGUGGCGCGUGACGGCGUUGCCGAAGCGGGCGGUGCGCGUAGGCCACACGCAGUCAAACAUGUCGGCCCCCAGCGCCACGCUGACCACCAGGUCCUCCGGGUAGCCGAUGCCCAUGACGUACCGCGGCUUGAGGUCUGGGAGGAGCUCCGUGCACGUCGCCACGACCCGGCAGUAGUCCUCCUUGGCCUCGCCGCCACUCAGGCCGCCGAUAGCAAUGCCGGGCGUGUCGCGCCGGAGCAUCUCGGCGGUGCACUCGCGCCGCAUGUCGAGAUCGAGUCCGCCCUGGAUGAUGCAAAAGAGGUUCUGCGUCUCGGGGUUUUUGUGAGCGGCUAUGCAGCGGUCGAGCCAGCGGACGCUGCGCUCCAUUGCCUCGCGCAUUCGGGCCGCGUCGGGAGACGUAGUGACCAGGACAUCGUCGAGCUGCAUCAUGAUGUCGGACCCGAUGCUGUUCUGCAGAGACAUCGAGUGCUCCGGGGUCAGCAGCAUGGGGCUGCCGUCGUGCGGGCUCAGGAAGCGCACACCUUCCUCGGUGAUGGUGGCCAGCUUGAGUAGCGACACCAUCUGGAAGCCGCCGCUGUCGGUCAGGAGGUUAUGUCGCCAUCCCUGCAGCUUGUGGGCGCCGCCGACGGCGUCGAGGACCGCCUGGCCCGGCUUAAGCCCAAGGUGAUAUGUGUUGUUCAGGCACAGCCGGCAGCUCGUGUCCUCAAGCUGCUGGGGUGUCAGGCCCUUGAGGGAAGCCUGGGUGGCCACCGGCAUGAAGAUGGGGAGGUUGACGGGGCCAUGGGGAAGAGUGAGUAUGGAGGCGCGGGCGCGGGUGGUCUAGACGGGAGAUAGAGCUUGGUAUCAGAUCGCCAAAGUCAAUGCACCAGGGGGGUGUGGUCGUAGAGGAGGGAGUAGAGGUAGGGCAUAGCAUAGCUGCCCUGCAGGUGACCCAAUGGGGGAAGAGGUGGAGCUUCGGUUCUCGGAACCAUCAACCAUUGCGGUUUGACUGACAGGUUCGGCGGGAAAAAAUAUCCAUGUUGCUCGCCCCGAUAUCACCCGUCUUGUGCUGCACCGGUAAACUUGGCGGUAACUGACCAGGCGGAAAGACUUCUUUCGACCUGUCUCUCUUUUUUGUUUUGUUUUACAAGGCAAAGCAGCUUCACUUGAUCUCUCCGAGUUAUUCGACUCACCGAACACCGAGCUAUGAGCUCAAAUGUGAGUGCUCCAUGGGUUGCAGACAGCUUGGAAGCAGCUGCCGGCACCGAAGCCAUAGUCGGCUGUAAGGUUGUUUGUAUCUGUUUAGCCAGCCGAGACGGGCUGACUGACACAGAUGUCUUUCCCCCUCCUUCACGGGACCAUGUAAUAAAAUACUACGUCUACGUGGUAUGUAGGAUUUUCCUGCUUGUCGCGGGUGCGUGAGAUUGGUAAUAUCAAUCAACUCUCAUGCACAAACUGAUCUUCGGCACGUCCUUGUUGCAGUCGAAGGCGUCUCGGGGCUAGAUUGGCCAGUUGCCUGGCUCUAGUACUAGAAAUAGAAGGAAACGUUGUUUUGAGACGGACAGGUCUAGGAAUGCCCAGGAGAAUAUUUCUGGCUGGUUCCCUG